AAGGAAAAUAAAGAAGAAUAACAUUUUUGAGAGGUUAGGUUUGUUCUGGAAACUUCUUCAAAUUUCAAUUGGACUGAGUUUGGAGGUUUGAACCUGUGUUUUACUUGUACUGAUUUUUACCUACUUUAUAAAGUGCUAAAAGUCUAUUGCUGCUAGCUAAGUUAUGCCGACUGAAAAUAAAGGCGAUAACCUUUUACUUUGCUACAAUAAAGGCUGUGCAAAGAAAUUUGAUCCUUCAAAAAAUACCGAAGAUUCCUGUUCAUUCCAUUCGGGAGCUCCGGUUUUCCAUGAUGCUUACAAAGGCUGGUCUUGCUGCAAGAAAAAGUGUACGGACUUCACUGAGUUUUUAAAUAUCAAGGGUUGCUGUAAAUCAUAUCACAGUAAUGUGAAACCAGUUGAACCAGAAAAGCCAGAGAAAAUAUCUACUCCAGAGGUGAUAGAAUAUCGUGCACCCGAGGAAGCGAAACCCCCUGCUCUGGAGAGACCACCAUUUGAUACACCACUAGUGACAUUGAAAGUAGAGGUGAGCGAUGCGUUGAAACGACAAUCGAGCAAUCCUGUCAAGAAGAGCCAGGGAGCAGGUGCUAAUCCUACCGACGACGGAACUAUUGCAAUCGGAACACCUUGUAAAAAUAACAGCUGCAAAGUGACUUACGAAGGACCCCAAACCCUGGAGACGGACUGCAUCUGCCACCCAGGAGUACCAAUCUUCCACGAAGGCCUGAAAUACUGGUCGUGCUGUGUGCGACGCACAACUGACUUCAAGGCCUUCCUCGAUCAAGCUGGUUGCGCAACCGUCACCCAUCUCUGGCGAAACCCUAAGAGUGUUGACAACAAAGAACUGCAAUCAAAAUGCAGAUUGGAUUGGCACCAGACGCCCACAUUUGUAGUUGUAUCAGUAUUUUGUAAAAAUUAUGAUCCUGAUUCUUCAUUGGUGCAACUUUCUCCGAUACGUCUGAAAUUAUCUGUCUUCUUCCCCGAAGAAAAUGGUGCCUACUGUCGUGAUAUAGAGCUUAGAGGGGUAGUUGAUGUUGCAAAGAGUAGUGUCGCGAUGACGCCAGCCAAAGUUGAGAUAAAGCUGCGGAAAGCUGAGCCCGGUUCGUGGUCGCAGCUGGAGUUUCCAAGGUCAAGUGAGCCGCCUCCCAAGAAGUCAAGUGAGGCUACCUCCACAUCCACCUCCACCUCCAACCUCGCAUCGCGCGUCGAUGCUGUGGAUCUCAGCGAUUUAUGAACGACACAUUUCUCUCCUAAUUUAGAUGGCUAUGACCGCUCAAAUCUCUCUACUAUCGACUAAACUCUUCAAUUUAUACUCAGAAUACCUCACUAUCAUAGACCUAGAAAUAUUCUAUUGCUAUAGGAUUGCACUGAAAGUGAUCGAUCAAUUUCGGGAUAGUUCACCAUCAAUGAGAUUGAAAAUAUCUGUAAUGAAUAAACUUUUUCCAACGUAAA